UGCAGCAGGCGGACAGAGGAGGGAGAAACUUGCCUGCGCAGAGGACAGAGGGAUAAUAAUCAUGGCAGCCUCCUGGAAGCGGCUCCUUUUUCACAUCCUCCUGCUUCUCGUCUCCUGCAGGCACAUCAAUACAAAGACACCUGGUCCCACGCCCCCACCGCUGGUCCCCAUCAGUUCCCUGCCAACAGACGAAAGGAGCGUUUCUCUUAAAGGUGAAAGUCACACGGAGAACGUUGAACUGUUGAAUCCGGUCAAUCUGGCACUGCAGUGUACCUGGACAGGUAAUCAGAACAAACUACCAAACAUAACUGGGUUCUGGAGGAAAGAUGGGGAUGAGGUCGAGAACAGCCGCGUCACAGUGCAACUGGAGGGCGAUGAGUAUGAACUCAAACGAGUGUUCAGCAUCGUCAGCGAAGAAAGCCUCGGAAGUUACUCAUGCGUGUUCGGAAGUGAAGCAAAAAUAGAGUUCGUUUUGGCUGCUCCACAGAUCGGUGAGGUGCGGGAUAAACCAAUAGUCAGCUAUGUGGGGGACUCUGUGGUGAUUGCAUGUAAAAUGGAGGAAACCAAACCGAAACCCGGCAGCUGGAACUGGUACAAAGCAAAUGGUACCGACAAGGAGCAGAUCUUCGUAGUUGCAGAGCCUCUUCGCUAUGAGAUCAAAAACGAAGAGAGGAAGACCAAACUUGUGGUGCACAACCUGACGGAGGCGGACGGAGGCCUCUAUUACUGCGGUGCGGUGUACGCCAUCAGCACCACGAUGGGCCACGUGGAGCUGAAGGUCAUCAGCUUCCAGGAGCCUCUGAAGCCCUUCAUCGCCAUCGUGAUCGAAGUGAUCGUCCUGGUCGCCGCGAUUCUGCUCUACGAGAAAAGUCAGUCCAAGAAGAACUACACAGAAGGAAAUGGAGCCACUGACCAAAUGAAUACAAUGACUCAGGGGGAAAAUAACGGACCGGAGGGAAGUUCUUCAACGAGACAGCGGAAAAUUUAAACAUUUUUUUAAAAGAUUGCAAAUCCGACAUAUCAAAGCUUCCUUCAAAGCUGUUGGCAUCUCUCGAUUAUGAUCAAAUAUUGAUGUGGAGCUUCAAAUCAACGUCUCAGCAGCUAUUCUCUCUACGUGUGUUCACAAAAACAAAGUGCAAUAACCGCCAACUUAAUAAUCGGCAGUGCUGUCAUGGCAACUAGACGAGCAAAGCGUUUAUCCUUUUUGUCUUUUAGUCUUGAACCCCAUAUGCACCCACAUCCUGUGGAAGUCACACCUCGCUCUCAAAAAGGAAGUGCAUUUCUUGCUUUAUGGUACCAACUUAAACCUCAACUUCUCUUUAACUCUGUUAUGGUUUGUGAGCAGUGCCUUACACCGUAUAAAUAAAUAAAAAUAAAGCAUAAAGAGUUUACCUUUGUAGUGUUGUGUGCCUGACACGCUGUAUAAUAGCUUGUAUAUCAAGAUAUUUCAUCAUAUAUGCAAACGCUUGUGUGUUUUUAAUGUUAAUAUAUCAGAGGAUGGUCAGAAAGGUAUUUUUCCACCCUAUUCAUGACUUUAAGUGUCUGUAGUUGUCAUCCUGCACCUGUCACUGUGUGUAAACAUGCAAAUAAAUAAAAAUACACAAGUCUCUGCCUC